ACUCUAUCAGUAGCUGAAACUUCAUCCCCGGAAGUCAACAUUGUAUGAUCGCGGCAUGAGCCGCUUGUAUGACAACAAACCCUUGGCUAAUCUGCCCGUGGGUAACGUCCGUGUGGCUAGGGUGUGGUCGGAGGCAGCACUGGCGAGUGGGGAUGGUGUGAUUAUUGAAGGUGUCCUCAAGGGGCGUGGCAGGGUAGCUGUCACAGACUCUGGGGAUACGAAGCACAGAUACUACCUACUGUAUGUCGACCCUGACCGGGUACACCGACGGAAGUUUGAUAGCAGUGGGAAUGAAGUGGAGCCAAACUUCAGUGAAACCCAGAAAGUGAGGACGGGCUAUCUCAACUCCUCCUACAAGGUGGAAGCCAAGGGACCGACUGACCGUCUGACCAAUCAGGAAGCAGCAGACUUGCUGGCCAAUCAAGAGCUGACGAGGCUGACCAGUAAACAACAACCUUCAGGAUGUGAUCAGUGUCUGUCACUAUGGUUACCCGAGAAUCAGACUGAGAAACUUGAGAUAACCGAAGGAGAUGCUAUCAGAGUGAAAUCAAGAGGAAACGGACCUGUAAUAUUUAGCAUUGCCAAGAUGGAGGGUCAGUCGGCCAGUGUGUCCAACUUUGCAGGCGGCGAACAGGUUGGCGGAUCUUGGACUGACAAAAUCAUGGGACUCAAGUCGACUGCCCCGGGGGAGGAGGAGGAGGAGGAUGACGACCAGGAUUGGGAGUAACGUUAACGACACCACUGACAUUGUCGUUCACAAAUACGAAUAACCUGAUGAGCCAGACUUCACGACACGGAAACAGUGGAUGGAAGAUAGGAUCUGUUUUGUUUUUCCGGAACGUUUUUGCGGAAAAUACUAUAAAAUAAAUAAACUAUUCUACU